CGCCCAUCUCUUUUUGUUGAGAACGCGACAUGUGGAGACAGUCCGACACCGUAACUUACUGGCAACACUCAGACAACCUAGAGUGAUGCUAACACACGAGACAUACACUUUCUACGAAGGCAAACAAUUGGAACCAUCUCAAUCGUACUACUCAAGGCUUUCAGGAUCAGACAUUGUCAUCAAGCUCUCCGCUCAUUGUCCUUCGUCGCCUGGUUUGCUUUUUUUUUUUUGCUUUGUGUCGCUUCAGGAAUCUUGCAUGGCCAUGGCUUUACUGUGAUGUCCACUGCGACACUGAUGUGGGCAGGAACCAUGCCUGGAGAAUAUCUAUAUCUGUUCUUACCCGCCGACGGUUUCGGUUGUAAUCAGAGCUCGACAGACGAUGAAGAUACAUGUUGCCCCUUCUUUCGUGAUGAUUGGCCAAGGUGGAGUCGAGUGAAUGCGAUGGUUUCAUUGGAUCUGGUCACAUUGCUUCGCAAGCUCUAUUCAAUCGGUAGAGGAAAGAGGUGUCAGCUGCUCAGGCGCUCACACAUACAGCUCGGUUCCGGCACAAUUGAACACACCUGUUCCGAGCUGCAACGAUACAGAUGGUGCUUCCUUUCACCUCCUUUGUCAUAUCCAAGCAACAAAUUCAGCUUCAGGUCGCGACGGAAGUGUCAAAUAACUGCUAGGCUGAGUCUUUACCAUUGGCAAUUGCUAGAACGUUCGUCGCCUGGACCCUUGCCGUCUCGUCAUGAAUGAACCGAAUAUCAAUAUCAAUAUUAGUUGAAACUUGAAACUAGUACCAAUCAGCAGAGGCCACUUC